CAACCUACUCAACUGUCUCUACGACUCUCUCUCUCUUUCCGCUGCAUAAAUGUCGUCUCUUCUUUAAAUAUCUCCUUUUAUUCUCUCCCAAAAGAGGAAAAUUGAAACUACAAGCAAAAUCCUCUCAAAGAAUGGUGAACAACACCAAAAGCACCUUCAUCUUGGCUAUUCUUAUGAUGGCAGCAGCUGCAGUAUGUGCAGCCACCGGGCCUGAUUUUUUCGAUCCCUUUUCAUCAUCGUCCGAUCAAAAGCGCAAGACCCACCAGAACCAAGUUGGUGGGGAUGAUGGGUUCUUCGGACCAGACGAUUUUGAUAUUCCAGGGUUUGAAAAAGGGUGGGGAAACGGGAUCAUGGGUGGUGGUUACGGUGGUGGGUUCGGGGGUCCGAGUGGAAGUUUCUCCAAAGGUGGCAUCGUUAGGCCUAGUCUUGUUUGUAAAGAAAAGGGUCCUUGUUACAACAAGAAGCUGACCUGCCCUGCUAAGUGCUUCACCUCAUUUAGCCGUUCAGGGAAAGGGUAUGGCGUGGGUGGCGGUGGUGGUGGGUGCAACAUGGAUUGUAAGGAAAAAUGUAUUGCUUAUUGUUAAGAGGGUGAUAUAAACAUAUUAAGAAUGAGUAGCCCUAGUUGUUAAACCAUGUAUGAUUUUAUAUGAUCAGAUGCAUGGAGUUUAUAGUUAAAAAUCAUAAUAUUUAUGUGGUUGUAGAUUUGGAGAAGGAGUUUUUCUCCUUUACUUCUGGGAUAUAAACUAUGGUGUUAGUUUAAAUAAAUAAAGGAAAUAUAUGAGAGAAUAUGGUUGUAAA